AUGAGCUUCGGCUUAUUUGAGAGGUCGCUCUAUUUGGCAAAACGCCCUGCUUUGGCUGCAUCACGUAAUGGUGCACCUUGGAGAGCUACAGAGCUACCUAAAAUAAAAUUACCCAAGAAAACAGCCAGACGGUACCCAGCAUAUGAGCUCUAUCUCUAUGGCGAAGGGAACUACGCUGAAGAAAACAAAAAUCUCCUGUUGACAGGAAUUCCAGUUCUCUUUCUUCCUGGGAACGCUGGUAGUUACAGGCAAGUACGUUCUCUUGGCUCCAUUGCACUUCGAAAAGCAGAAGAUGUUGACUUCAAGUAUCAUUUUAAUUUCUUCAGCGUCAACUUUAAUGAGGAGUUGGUUGCAUUGUAUGGUGGUAGUCUUCAACGACAGACCAAGUUUGUGCAUGAGUGCAUUAAAGUAAUUCUUAAGUUGUACAGGGGUCGAGAAUUUGCACCGACCAGCGUUGCAAUAGUAGGUCAUUCCAUGGGUGGUCUUGUUGCAAGAGCAUUGCUUACUCUGAAGAAUUUUAAGCCUGAAUUUAUAAACCUCCUCAUUACACAAGCGACACCUCAUGUUGCACCUGUAAUGCCUUUAGACAAAUAUCUUACCGAUUUUUAUACAGCUGUAAACAAUCAUUGGAUUCUAAAGGCCCAAGAUUUAAGAAAUUUAACUACCCUUUCUGUGGCGGGAGGAUUCAGAGAUUACCAAGUUCGUUCAGGACUGGCUUUUCUACCAAGAUUGAGUCAACAUGACAGUGCCUUAUCUGUUGUGAGCUCAGCUGUGCCUAGGGCGUGGGCCUCAACAGACCAUCUCUCCAUAGUGUGGUGCAAAGAAUUAAUCCUGGCUACCAUUAGAGCUUUUUUUGACCUCAUAGAUGAAAACACAAGGCAGAUAACUGAGGAUCCAAAGAAGAGAAUGUCUGUAUUGAAUCACCACUUCGUGAGACACCCUGCAAAGAUAUUUGAGGAAAAUCCUGAAGCUUUUACAGAACUCUCAGGAGCUUUCAUGUGGAUUACAGUCAAAGCCUCAAAAUGGACUUACUCUGUUUACAAUGAUUCUGAUGGAAAAUAUUUCACAUUUCCUCUUGCAAGCCAUAGAAAAUCAUACAGUCAUGUUUACUGUGAAAACAGUAUGUUGGAUACACGUAGCUGGAUUUAUGGCUGUAUGAACAGUAAUUCAUUGAUGUGCCUGAAAGUUACUGAUUUAUCCUGGAGAGCUGAGUUACUUCCAACCACCAAGGUUGUAAUACUGAAACUUCAGGACUAUCCUUCUUUGUCCCAUAUUGUCAUUCAGGUACCACCCAUGGUUGGCAAUAAGUAUACUUUGGACUGUGAAUUUUUCAAAGAGGAUUCCAGAACGGUACAGCUUCCUGUAACACAUCUUUUGUCAUUUGGAUUUUCUUCAAGCAAAAUUCUAUUAAAUUCAACUGGCUUACUUUACAAUGUACAGCUCCAGCACUUUAACCAAAUAUAUCAAGCUUUCAAAAUUUAUGUAGAGAGCCACUGCCAGUCACUCAAAGAAAGAAAACCUAGCGUUUACAGAGUUCAUAUACCCUGGUCACAUGAAGACUCAAUAACUGUAGCAAAAAUUCCAUCUUUUACUGAGAUUUCAGCAAAACUGCAUAUUGCUCGGCCUCAAAAUGACAGCAGGGUUCCAGAGUUAAAUAUCUACUCUUCCUCAGACUGUCAGUAUGAAGUAAUUGUGAAGACGUCGCUUUCACAGGUUCUUGGGCAAAUAAUAAGGUUCCAUGCUGGCGCUCUUCCUGUCUAUGUUGUUUCUAGUAUUCUUCUUACUUAUGGAGGACAAUUGAGCACAUUGAUAUCAACAGGCCAGUGUUCAGACUUUUGCUUUGAACUAGUUAGGACAGCUAAACCCUACAAAGUAGAACCUCUUAUAAGCAUUGCUGUGUUUCUGCAGGGGUUUAACUGGUUUAGAGAGAUAUGGGAAUCACUGUCAUUACCAGAGAUGGAUGCUGCCGAACGGAGUAGUCAGGAUGCGUGGUUCCCCGUUGUGUCCCUGAUUCUAUUUCUUUUCGGGACAGGCUUUGCCUACUGGAGUGGAGUAUUUUUCUCUACAUCUCUGAGACUCUUCUCUUCAUUAUGGUUAACUCUGAUUCG